CGAGGAGGAGGUGGAGGAGGAGGGAGCGGGGCGAUGGGCCAGCCGGGGCCCUGAGGGAAAACGACGGCCCGGGCCCGGCCCCACCGGCCCGAACCGCCUCAGGACCGUCCGUCCGUCCGCCCUCAGCGAGGCCAAGUCGGUAGGGCAAAGAGAAAACAGAAGGUCAAGAUCUCAAGAUGAGUAAGAAGCCCCCAAACCGCCCUGGAAUCACCUUUGAGAUUGGUGCUCGAUUGGAGGCGCUGGAUUACUUGCAGAAAUGGUAUCCGUCGCGCAUCGAAAAGAUGGAUUACGAGGAGGGGAGGAUGCUGGUACAUUUUGAGCGCUGGAGUCAUCGCUACGACGAGUGGAUCUCCUGGGACAGCAAUAGGCUGCGGCCCCUCGAGCGACCCGCCCUCCGGAAAGAAGGGCUAAAAGACGAGGAGGAGUUUUUUGACUUUAAGGCCGGAGAAGAGGUUCUGGCUCGUUGGACAGAUUGUCGCUAUUACCCUGCCAAGAUCGAAGCAAUUAACAAAGAAGGAACUUUCACCGUUCAGUUCUACGACGGAGUAAUUCGGUGUUUAAAGCGAAUGCACAUCAAAGCCAUGCCGGAAGAUGCCAAAGGGCAGUUUCUGUUCCAGGUGAAAUCCCAACAUCCACUAGGCUGGUGUUGUCCUAUUGACCCAGCUGGAGCUUGGAACCAGUCUGUGGGAAGGCAGGACUGGAUAGCUUUAGUUAAAGCUGCAGCUGCCGCAGCAGCAAAAAAUAAGACUGGGAGUAAACCUCGGACCAGUGCAAACAGCAAUAAGGAUAAAGACGAAAGGAAGUGGCUUAAAGUUCCUUCAAAGAGGGAAGAAACGUCAACCUCUGCAGCCAUACAGGAAGCUGAGAAAAAGGAAGAGCCGCCUACAUCUAGUGAAACAUUUGUAGGACUCCCCGUAGUGAACGUUCCAAAGAUGGUUUUUCCACAGCCCGAGAGCACGUUAUCCCACAAACGGAAAAGUAAUCAAAACAACUCAUUUCAGGCAAAGAGAGCUCGUCUUAACAAGAUUACUGGUUUGUUGGCAUCCAAAGCCGUUGGGGUGGAUGGUGCGGAGAAGAAGGAAGACCACCAUGAAACAGCUCCAAUCCUGGAGCAGGCGAUUUCACCUAAACCUCAGAGUCAGAAAAAAAGUGAAGCUGAUAUUAACAGUUCUGCCAACACCCAGAAACCUGCACUGUUGCCCUCAACUUUGUCUUCAGGGAAGGCUCGCAGCAAGAAAUGCAGACUUGAAUCUGGAGAUUCUUCUGGGUGUCUAAAACCCCCUAAAUCGCCACUGUCCCCAGAGUUAAUGCAAGUCGAGGAUUUGCCGUUGGUUCCUCAGCUUCCAUCUUCAAUGCUAAAUAAAACUAGUCCAUCUCAGCCAGUGAAUCCCCCUAGACCUUCCAAACAUAGCGAGCGGAGGAGAAGAUCACAGCGUUUAGCUACUCUGCCGUUGGCUGAUGACCCAGUAGAAAAAGUGCCUACUCCCUCUCCGAUCACUGAUGGAAAAGUGUUUCCCAUCAGUGCUCAAAGUCAACAAGCACCAUCCAUCCCAGAGGUACCCGGUGUUACUCACAUAUCAUUUGAGAAGCUCGGACUCUGUCUCCCUCUUGACUUAAGCCGUAGUUCGGAUGUUGCAGGAUCAUUAACCACAGAAUCCUCUUUCCAUAAUGAAUGCCCCAGUAAAGAAAAGGAAGAGAUUCAGAUGAUUGCAUAUCAUUCUUCCAAAGCAGUAACUGACGGAAGAAUAGCUCCAACAGCGUCAGGAAUAUUGAAAAUGGAAAAAAAGGUGAAAUUGGAAGAGAAAAGCUCCUCGUCACUGGGUAAGAAAAGAGAGAAGGACAAGGAAAAAAAGGAGAAGAAAGACAAAGAUCACUACAAACCGAAGCAAAAGAAGAAGAAAAAGAAGAAAAAGAAAUCGAAGCAGUAUGACUAUUCAGACUACGAAGAUAAUUCCCUGGAAUUUUUGGACGGAUGCACCUCUCCUCUCACCCGGUCCUCUGGGAGCUCUCUGGCUUUGAGAAGCAUGUUCACAGAGAAAAAUUCAUCCUAUCAGUAUCCAAGAGCAAUUUUGUCUGUUGAUCUUAGUGGAGAAAACUUGUCGGAUAUGGAGUUCCUGGAUGAUUCUUCCACGGAGAGCCUGCUGCUGAGCGGCGACGAGUACAAUCAGGAUUUCGACUCCACCAAUUUUGAAGAAUCUCAGGAUGAAGACGAUGCUCUUAAUGAGAUCGUCAGAUGUAUUUGCGAAAUGGACGAGGAGAACGGCUUUAUGAUUCAGUGUGAAGAGUGCCUAUGCUGGCAGCACAGCGUGUGCAUGGGGCUGGUGGAGGACAGCAUCCCCGAACAGUACAUCUGCUACGUCUGCCGGGACCCGCCAGGCCAGAGAUGGAGUUCAAAAUAUCGUUACGAUAAGGACUGGCUGAGCAGCGGGCACAUGUGUGGCCUAUCCUUUAUGAAAGAAAAUUACUCUGACCUCAAUGCCAAAAAGAUCCUGUCAACGCAUCACCUGCUCGCGGACGUGUACGGCGUAACGGAAAUCCUGCACGGCUUGCAACUCAAGAUCGGGAUUCUCAAGAAUAAACACCAUCCUGACCUCCACCUCUGGGCUUGUUCGGGGCUACGGAAAGACCAAGACCAAGGAGCUGUGGAUGUCCCGCCCAAAGCCACCCUGCUGCUGGGACCCACUCACCCCGAGGAGAGGACCUGCCCCAGGCAGGGCCGCCGGGAGCCGCCCAGCCUGGCGCCCAAUGUGCAGGGCACCUACAUCACGAGCGAGCACAGCUACCAGAAGCCGCAGAACUUUGGUCAGGACUGCAGGGCUGCCGUGGAUCCUCGGAGCUCCGAAGACGAGGAGGACACGAGCAGUUGGGAAGAGGAGCGGGAAUUCUGUUGCGCUGGUAGAAACUGCCCACCCUGCUCAGUCAAAGAAGAUGGGGCGAGUGGACAGACAAAUGCAGCCACCGCCAGUACUGGCUACGGGGGGCCCGAGAAGAGAGGAGCGGCAGAGCCAGGGGACUCCCCACUCCAGUGGCAGCUCAACCUCCUGACUCACAUCGAAAGCGUGCAGAACGAAGUGACCAGCCGGAUGGACCUCAUAGAGAAGGAAGUGGAUGUCUUGGAAAGCUGGCUGGAUUUCACCGGCGAGCUGGAGCCCCCAGACCCACUGGCCAGACUUCCACAGCUCAAGUGCCACAUCAAGCAGCUGCUGAUGGACCUGGGGAAGGUGCAGCAGAUCGCCACUCUGUGCCCCGUAUGACAAAGGGGCGAGUCCGGGGCGAGCGCGGCCGUCCCCCUCUGUCUCUCUGCGUCCGUCCGGGACCCGCCCCACCGUCCCCCCACAACCCGAGCGGACCGCAGGAGCGUGGACAGACUCAGGCUCGGCCGCCUCCCUGAGGGGCCGGCUCGGACGGGACGAAGGGACCGCGGGGAUCGGCGAGCGCGGGCCGUGCUGACCUCGUGUUCUGCAAACGCAUCAGCAAUAACCCCUCCAACCCCUCACCCUCCCCCCGGCCCCGAGGGAAGCCGGAGGCCCCCUCCGCAGGGAAACGGCUCGGAGGGCCUAAGGAGUGGAAUCCGCUGGAAUUUUCCAAUUCUUGGUGGAAGGAUGCCGUUUGGCAAUGACGCAACCCAAAGACCCAGUGACGGUAGAAUCCCGAAGAGAGCGCCAAGCGUCCCUCAGGGCACACGGGCACGAGGAGCGCUGAGCCUGUCCGACCGCCCAUCUAUACCUCCACCAUCCAUCUUCCCGGCCCGCCCGGAGCACCCCGGGGAGUCGCAUUUCUCCUUACAGCAUCGUGAACUUUCUUAUCGAGGGGCGAAUGCCCGUCAUUACAUUGCUGAGCGAACAAGGGAUAUGUCGAAACCGGGGGUGGGUGUGGACCCUUGGCUACUUAGGAAUGAUUUUUUUUUAUUUUUAGGUUUUUUUUUUUUCUAAAAGAAAAACCGUAACCCUUAGUCCCCUCCACCAGAGAGGCCUGGAUGAUCAGAUGUGCCAAAUAGCAUGGAUAUCACCGGAGGAGAACUGAACUUUAGAUCGUGAGUCUGUGAAGGAGUCACUCUUCCAAGACCGACGCAGUGCCAGCAGUCUAUCCCAAGACCUUUCGAGUUUCUAUUUUUUUUAUGAUGGACUGCAGAAUCCGGGGCCCAGAGCGGCACCAGGGCCUUGGGACAAACCGCGGAACCUCAGCUGGCAUGAGGAGGGAGGGAUGGAGGGAGGGAAAUAGGAUGGAUUGGGGACAGAGGGGAGGGGAGGACCAGCGGGCGGGAGCCCAAGCCUUCUGGUGCCCCAGGUUCGCUCUGCCUCGGUGGACCGGCGGGAGAGCUUCACUGGCAACCGGGUUUUUAUAUAGGAUGAAAUAAAACAGAACAAGAAGCUUUUUUUCGCCAGGGUCCGGACCGACAGACUCCAGAAACCAAAGGCAACCCAGUUGCUCGCCGUUAGCUCUCGCAGGAUGUUUCAGUCAAAGGCCUUUUCUGCAUCAGGGGUUCGUGGGAGUUGGGGCUGCACUUAGGGGGCUGCGUGAACUUACAUGAACUUGGAUUUGUGUGGGUGUGCGUGCGCAUACGCACGCACGUGCUUUUCUUCCCCCCCACAUGCGCGUGGACCUUCUCUAUACAUAUUUAUAUCGACACACGUCUAGUUUUAUUACAGUAGACUCUAACAAUCUGUGGUUAACAUGAAAUGUUGCCUAAUUUUAACAGACCGUUUCUAAAAAUUAAAGAUGUAUGUACAGGUUUUGAGAUUUGUAAAAAAAAAAAAAAAAAGAAUGAAAAAAAGCCAAAAACUGUUGAAAGGAGGCUAUCGAUCUGAUGGUAUUAAGAUACUUGAACCUUUACGCCUCAACCGCUGCCUUUCCGUUCUAGUAAUCUGUAUAAAUGCAAUUUAGAACCGACAGGUGGGAAACUUGAAUUUACCUUUGAUAAGAGUACACACCACUGUACAUUCAAAAAUUAUUUAAAUUUGCAAACACACUGUUCCCUAUGUAAGGUACUGUACGCAAAACUCUUUAUUAAAACUAUUCCACUUACCCAA